AUGCACGUGUGGCUUCACCGUUACCACACUCCGUCCGUUCACUUGCCUGGGGAGACGUUUCCUCAUGGGGGCUACAAGGGUGUGCCGGAUGGCUACGUCGAUGGGUGGCCGCAUGCCAAGUCUUGGCCGCAUCUCGCCAAGAAGAAAGGGACGGCGUCCGGUGGAGCUCGGGGGUCAGGCGGGAUGGAGCGGUUCAUGACAACCAAGCUGUCCACGGAGGAGCUACGGCAGGCGAUCGCCAAGCUGGUGGUCACCUGCGACCUCCCCUUCCGCAUCGUCGAGUCCGAGGCCAUGAGUUUUCGGGAGCUAUUGAUCCUGCUAAACCGCAACUGCGCGCAGAAGAACUUCAUCCCCUCGCGCUGGACGGUAUCCCGCGACACCGUGGUCUAUGCAACAACCGCUCUCCAGUCCGCCAUUGCGGAGAUGUUGGCGAAGGAGGGGGAGCUGGGGUGCAAGGUGUCGAUCACCAUCGACAUGUGGACGGCACCCAACAACAAGGCAUGGGUAGUGGUGACAUGUCACUGGAUAGACGAGAACUUCCAGCUGCGCACAAUGGUGCUUGAGUUCCGUGAGAUGCUCGGGCGGCAUGGGGGCAGGGAGAUGGCACAGGUGGUUGAGGAGACGGUUGUGCAGUGGGGGUUGGAGGGGCGUUGUCUUGGUUUCACGACAGACAACGCCUCUAGCAACAUUGCCGCCUUCAGGUGGAUGUCGGAGGAGGGUGGUGGUCAGUGCUUCUUCAGCUCGCGCAUGCACUUCCGGUGCUUGGCACACGUGAUAAACCUUGCAGUGCAGGCAGCACUGGCUGGCCUGUCGAAGACCGACAAGAAGAAGGUGGAGAGUCUGCGCCUGACAGACACAGACUGGAAGACCCUGCAGGCGGUGAAGACAUUCCUAAGCCCCUUCGCCAAGGUCUCCAAGGCAGCAGAGGGGGCGGCGUACCCGACUGUGUCAAUGGUGGUGCCGUACUACAACGGCCUGAUCGACGCCAUGGAGUCGCGCCUUGCCAAGGGGCCAUCUCCGACGCUGCAGCCGAUGAUCGUGGCGGCGCUAAGCCACUUGAAGAAGUACGCCUACAUCACCAGCAACGAGUACUGGAUCGCCACCUUCUUGGACCCAUCCAUGAAGGCGGCGUGGUUCGACGACGCGCACUGGGAGAAGCUGCAUCCCGAGACCGACAGGAGGGUGAGGCCGCGUCCGGCGUCUGGCGAGGUGAUCAAGCUGGUGCGCGACCGCGUGGCCGAGUACCAGGCCCGGGCUGCAGAGCUUGCUCCACGGCCGACCCCACUUGCCCCCGUUGCGGAGGAGGAGGGAGACGAGGAGGAGGACGACGAUGACGCGCAGUUUCUCCCUAGUCGCCGAUGA